UCUCUUCCUGUCUGCUGAAAUGGGGCUGUUUUUAGGACUGACGUUCACCAAUUAACAUCACUUCAUUUACAUUAAAGAAGUGUUCAGGACGAUGGGACCCCUGAUGUGAAACUGGACGUCAACCAGGAGCUUCUCCAGCUGCGGGAAAUGGUCUUUGAGCUGAAGAUGGACAUGAGGAUCAUGGGGAAAGACUAUGCAGCUCUAGAGGCCAGACUGGCAGCCACUGAACUGGAACUAAAAAAUCAGAAAGAAACUCCAGCUGUCGCGUUCUCAGCAGCUCUGGUUCAGUCUGUGGGACCGUAUAAUGUAGCUACGACUCUAGUCUACUCCAACGUCAUCACCAACAUCGGAAAAGCCUACAACCCAGUCACAGGAAUCUUUAGCGCUCCAGUCAGCGGCGCGUACUACAUCAGGUUCACCAGCUGUGGGAGCAGUGGGAGUAAGCCAUGGCUAUCGACCUGUACAAGAACAACAACCUGCUAAAGAGUUUAGCCAAGUUCAGUAACGGCUACAUGACGUAUUUCUCUGGCGGCGUCACCCUGCAGCUGAACGCGGGCGACGUGGUUUACACAAAA